UGAGGAAAACAAAACCAAGGUGUUAAACUCAAUGCUCCUUUUGACCAGCAUACUGAACACGAUGUACACGUCACUUAAUCUGCGCAUUGUUCUGGUUGGAACUGAGAUAUGGACAGACGUGGACCAAAUCACAGUCACUCAUUUACUGGACCACGCUUUUCACUUUUUCGCUCCAUGGGCUAGACGGUUCCUUAAACCCCGCAUAUACUUUGACCAUGCGCAAUUACUCCUAGGCAGACACUAUCGAGGCACGCUAGGACUGGCGACACAGGGAACCGUAUGCAACACAGACGCCUCAACAUCUAUUAUUAGGUUCAGCAAUAAUGAGAACGUAUAUAAUGCAGCUGGUUCUGCUCAUGAGCUUGGCCACGCUCUCAUUUUUGGACAUGAUGAUGAAGCUGGCAAUGUAGCCAGAUUCUGCCGAUGCCCUGGCUGCAAAGAAAGAUGCAUUAUGAGAUCAAAACUCUCAGAGUGCACAGAGUUCAGUAACUGCUCUGCUGCUGACUUCUAUGACAGGUUGAUGAUGGGAAAAUUAAAUUGUCUACUUAACAUGCCACCUGUAGCUACACUCACAUAUAAUCAGUGUGGGAAUGGUCUCUUGGAAGAAGACGAAGAAUGCGAUUGUGGUAGAGAUAAGGUAUGCCGUGACAAUGGCUGUUGCCAGUCCAAUUGUACGCUUGCGCCAGGGGUCACUUGUGUGUCAGGACAUUGCUGCACAAAAUGCCAGUUUGAUCUUGCAGGAAAGUUGUGUAGAGAUAUCGGUGAUGAGUGUGAUCUGCCAGAAUAUUGCAGCGGCGCGUCACAUCUGUGCCCAGAGGACGUGUUUAGACAAGACGGAAGUGCGUGUGGGAAAAGUGACAUCUGCUUCCAAGGGAAAUGCAAUAACCAUGACAGACAGUGCAAAGCUAUAUUUGGUGAAGGCAAGAUAUCUUAAUCUUUUCCUUCAACCACUUUUUUUCACAAUUCAUAUGCUUUCUUGUGUGGAAUUAGUAACCUCCCAUUGCCAGGGUGCAUGGCGCUCAUGCAUGAGCCCACUCCUGCUGGAAGCCAGGUCCAGAAAUAAUGGGCAGAAGCUUUCUAAUUUCCAGUCAAAGUAUAUUCCUGGUUCAUUGAUACCUGUGUGCUCUUCUGCCAACAUGAUAUUUUGGCUUAAAAACCUCCGAUUCCUUGCUGUUU